GUACACGAUUUAAAUGAAAAUAAGAGUUUUUGUAUAUAUAUACUUAAAUUUAUAUUGAAAAAGUUUAGUUAGCAAUAUGCGUUUAAUAGAACAAACUAAACAGAUUGCUGUGAAAAACAUUGAUAAUGUCUGUUCACAGAAAAAAAGGAUUGUACAUAGUACUUUAUUACCAAAUUCUAUACGUGCCCUUAUAGUAGGCCCAUCAAAUUGUGGUAAAACAAAUGUUAUGAUUAGUCUCAUAGAAAGCCCUAAUGGCCUCAAAUUCAGGAAUAUAUAUAUAUAUUCUAAAUCUUUAUAUCAACCAAAAUAUCAAUAUUUAAAAAAAUUGAUUACUCCAAUCAAAGGAAUAAACCUAUUCACAUUCUCUGAAAAUGAAAAAGUUAUAAGUCCAGCCAAAGCAAAUAUGCAUUCUAUAAUGGUAUUUGAUGAUGUAAUUUGCGAUAAACAAAAUACUAUAAGGGAUUAUUUUUGUAUGGGAAGACAUAAACACAUUGAUUGUUUUUAUUUAUGUCAAACAUAUACAAGGAUUCCUAAACACUUAAUACGUGAUAAUGCAAACAUGAUUAUCAUAUUUAAGCAAGAUGAAAUGAAUAUUAAACAUAUAUAUAAUGAUCAUGUCUUGGGUGACAUGACAUUUAAAGAUUUUUUAAAGCUUUGUAGUGAAUGUUGGAAAGAUAAAUAUGGAUUUCUUAUUGUGAGCAAGGAUGAUCCCAUUGAUAAAGAUAUAAUGUAGAUUAUAAACAGAAUAGAGAGCAGAUUGGUGACAGAAAGAAAGCAGAUCGGUAGCAGAUAUAAAGCAGAUCGGUAGCUGAUAUAAAGCAGAUCGGUAGCAGAUGUAAAGCAGAUCGGAAGCAGAUGGAUACAUAACCAAAAAAAAAUAAAAAAUAAAUUAUCCAAUCAUGAAGAGACACAAUUUGUUGAAGGAAAUUGUAAAAACACGAGCAGUAUUGAAAGAAAAGUUAAAAAACAUUAAACUUAAUCAAAUAGAUAGGGAUAAUCUAUUAGAAGAUACAUUUCAACCAAUAACCAAACCUUUGAAGGAUAUUAUAGGAAAACUAGAUGAGAACAAAAAAGAAAGUAAUCAGUAUUCUAAUAAAUAUAAUGAUAAAAAUAUUUAUGAUUAUAAUAAACAAUAUGAAGACGAUGGAAAACUUGAUAAAAACAAUAAGGAUGAUGAUGAUGAUGAUGAUAGCUUUAUAUCAGACAUUUAUAAUGAUGAUGAUGACUAUAUGUCUAGCAAUGGACUUCAAAUGAGAGAUAUUACCUCAAGUAAUGAUAAUGAAAGAUAUAAUAAUCAACAUUCAUCAACAAUAUUUCCGAAUAUAGUAAAUUCUACACAUAAAGAAGAUAAUUCAGAAAUAGAACAGAUGGAUAUAGAGAAAUUUUCACAAAAACGAAAAUUUUCAUCAGAUGAAAAUAACACUAAUAAAAGGAUAAGAAAAAAUUAUAAUAUUCCAGUUGAUUUAAAGAGAAAAGAUUAUACACUAGAAAAAUGUGGAGUGAAUCGGAAUGAGCUUAGAGAAAAAUUAAAACGAUCUAAUGAUAACAAUCUCAGUUUAUUUGACGAUAACGAUAAUAAGCGGAUGAAAAAAUCACAUCUAUUUUCAAAACGAAAAUGUGAAUUUCAGUUAAAUACUAAUAAAAAACGUAUAAAAUUAACUAACAACAAAAUCAUAAAUAUAAAUAAACGAAAAAGACCCUCACAAUUAAAUACUGAUAGAAAACGUUUAAAAUUGAUUAAUAACAACCAAUUAAACUUGAAUAAACGGAAAGGUGUUUCACAAUUAAAUCUUGAUAGAAAACGUAUAAAAUUGAAUAAUGAUAUCUCAUCAAAAUUGAAUAAACGAAAAGCUGUUACGCAAUUAAAUAUUGAUAGAAAGCGAAUAAAAUUGAGUAGUGAUAAUCUAUCAGACAUAAAUGUAGCAUCUUCAUUACCCAACGUUCUACAAACACUUAUCGAUAAUAGACAAUUAGAUAAAGUUUAUGGAUUUCAUAUAGAUACAAAUGGAAAUAUGUAUUUUGGAAAAAAUCAAUUAAAAUUUAAUGGAUGUAACUCUAUUCAAAUUGGGGAAUCUAUUUGGAAAAUGUCUCCCGGACUAUUUCAACUCAUGUUUCACAUUAAACCUCAACAUUAUACAAAGAAGGAUUUAAAUCAAUAUAAGGAUAUUUUGAUGAAAACAAAUGCUCAUAAAAGAAAUUAUUUACCAGGAGAACAAAUUAAGGGAACUCAAGCUUAUAAAUAUCAAUUUAUAAUAAAACGGUUAUUUGAUGUGAAUUCAAAUAGGAUAUCCAAAGGUAAUGGAUUGAGUUUGAAAUCAUUAGACAAUCACAAACCAAAUUAUAUAUAUUGGGAUGACCCUAACGAAUUGGUUGACAGAUUAAGAUUGCUCCUUUCAUCUGAAGGUGUUGGUCACAACAAUCACAAAAACGAAAUUAUUUCAAUUGUUGAAGAAUUGCGAGAAGCACAUAUUAUUAAAUAA